AGGCGAUAGAGAUUGGAGAAAUAAUUCAUAACAUUAGGCACAGAUUUUGGGAUGUUUCUCUUCCUCUUUUCUUUUAGUUUCCUGCUUGGUAGGGACCGAUACAACACAAAAAUGUAAAUCAGUUCAGUACUUGAAACGUUGCUUCAGGGAAACUGAAACAAGAUGGGGAAGCUUAAAUGCUUCGAGAUCAUCCUGGCUGGAAAUAAAUCAGUGUUUCACCCUGGAGAGCAGGUGCAAGGCAGCGUUGUGGUUGAGCUGAAGGGUGACAUGAAAAUGAGAUCUUUGAGAAUCUUUAUGAAAGGUGUUGCUAAAGUACAUUGGACUGAAUCUCGAAGUACAGGAAGCCGUCUUGGUUCAUAUACAGAGCAUUACAAUGCAGAGGUAGAAUAUUUCUUCAAAAGACAAGUUUUAUUUGGUGGAGAGGUUGCAGAUGGGAGAGAUACCCUGACUGAUGGACGUCAUGAACUCACCUUUUCCUUUGACCUCCCCAUGGGGGGUAUUUCAACAAGUUUUGAAGGGAAACAUGGCAGCAUACGAUACUGGCUGAAAGCCGAGAUGGACAAACCCUGGUCAUUUAAUCACAAGACCAAGAAAGCUUUCACCGUCAUCAGUCCUAUUGACAUCAAUAGACCUGAGUACCAGGUGCAAGUGGAGAGCAGUGUGGAGAAGACUCUGUGCUGCUGGCUCUGUACCUCCGGGCCCAUCUCCAUCACCUCCAGGACGGACCGCAGGGGAUAUUGUCCGGGGGAGUCCAUUGCCAUAUCUGCGGAAUUUGACAAUCAUUCAUCUCGCACGGUAAUACCAUACGCCACCCUGUAUCAGUCUCAAGCAUUUUUUGCCAGCGGUAAGUCUCGGAUUCGCCGGACAAAGUUCACUGUCCUCACUGGUCUUCCUGUUGCCCCCGGCACUAGAGGGUCAUGGGACUCGCAGCUUUUGAAAAUCCCCGCAGUAACGCCAUCAAUCAUCAACUGUUGUGUCAUGAAGGUGGACUAUUAUGUAAAGGUGGCUCUCCACAUCAAUGGUGCCUACAACCUGACCAUGCACUUGCCAGUGAUGAUCGGCACGGUGCCUUUCCGACAAGCCGCCAGCUACAGAUACACAGACUCACACUUCUACCGAGAGACACAAGCCCAGUAUGCGUCAGUGAACUUACUCACUGUUCCUGUACCCCCGCCGUACAGAGAGACCAUCACACCGCCGCCUCCAUUUGAUGAUCCACCUACGUACGCAGAGAGCAUCGGAGGAGCUGUGAACAUCAAUGACGAAGAUGAUGACGAGCCCCCCGGGUCCAACAUGGGCGACCUCACGUACACCCCGAUGUAUCGCUAUGUUUAUAACUAUAGGCCUCCACCAGCCUAUCAUGAGGAUGACCCAGGUGCCUUCCCACAUUUGGAGCAUUUGAGCCUGACGGCGUGCACAGACGAGGACUCCUGACGACCGCGGGAGUCUUGUAGUCCCCCUAGCGCCAAGUUAUUCAUGCGGCGAAAAUCAUGUGGAGAUGUGGGAUGUGAUGGAUUGUCUGAUGGUUGCCUGCCAUCCUGGAUGGAAACGUUCCCUUUGAGAUGACAGUAGUGAUGACGGUGGUGGUGGUCUCAUUGAUAUCUCUACUCCAGGGUGUAUGAUGACCUUUCUUUUUGGGGUCUGAGGUGGCGAAUUGUGCAGGUUUCAGCCUCACUGUGUGAGUUAGGCAUAUAUCGCUAUUUGAUCAUGUUUUCAAAAAUGUUUUUUUCUUCUGCGAUCAAACACAAACUGUAUUAUUAUCGUUUAUUUAUUUAUUUUGAUAAAAAAAGUAUUUUUUUGUUCUUUUGUUUAAAACUAAGCCUGUUAUGGACAAAAGUUGCAGAGCAUGCAUUUCUGUGUUUGCUGUAAACUGCGAUUGUCAUGCUGUUAACUUAUUAUUCAAAUAACAAUUUGAGCAUCAAAGGUUGAAAUGUUGAAAAGGUUUUCGUUGUUACUAUACAUUGUACUUGAAUAAGAAUUGUGUUGCAUGAGUCGAGCACACGUGUGUGAAAAUCUAGUCGGGCGUAUUGUUUUGUCAGAUGUACGUUGUUGGUAAAGUCUUUGUGUAAACACAUUACAGUAUUUAUGAAAUUGCUGUUUAUCUCGUAUUUUAGAAUUUUGAACACUGUUUUGUCAAAAUUCACCCUGUUGUCUCUGAAAGGGUUUGUGAUUUAAAAAAUAUUAUAAAUGCUCUUUAAUUCAUUGAAAUGCAUCCCUUUUUAGCUUUUGAAUAUUCUUUUUGAGAAGACUAUUUUGAAAAACGAAAAGGUUUUUACGAAGUUUAGAAUGAGGUUUAUGAUAAUCAAAUGAUUUACAAAAUCACUUUGGUGUUGACUUUGAAGGGAAAUUGGGGAGAUGAUGAAGAAAUGAAGGUCCCAAUUGAAGUGUAAAGGUAAUGAAUUAUGAAUGAAAGGGAAGAAAGGAGAGAGUGAGAGUAGAAAGAAGGGCCAGAGAUUUAAAAAAAGAUACAGGGUUAAGAACAAUAGAUUGAAAGGUAAACAGCUGUCCUUUAAAAAAAAAAAUCAGUUGCAGUCGUAAUUGAAUGUGCUGACUGUUGUUGUCAUCCGAAAAUAAAAAAAGAAGGAACUGGUUGUUUUUUCUGAUUUCAGAUGUUCUGUUUAUGAUAUAAGUUUGAGUGAAGAUAGUGACUGCAGAGUCUAUUAAGCUUUGAGAUGGUAUUAUUGAAAGAGCCAAGUUAUUUGUUAUUUUAUUGUCAUAAGUGGGGAAACUUUCUGCUUUAGUUUUGAAUUUAAUUAUUUUGUAAAGAUUAAUUUAGUUCAGCUCAAUUUUUACAUAUAAAUUAGCUCCGUCAAUAGAUUUUUGUAGGUAGUGGAACAUAACUUUAUUUUGAGAUCCGUGAUUAUUUGUGAUUUCCUUUAAAUAGGUUGUAGUGAAGGGAAUGCGGAUUUUCUAUUAAAGGAUUAUGAUUUUUAGUCUGGGUUAAAAAUAACAAGCUCAGGGGAUGAGGUCUUUUAUGUUAGACUGGAAGAGUUAAGGGGUCAUUUAUAUAUCAAGAAUUGGAAAUUAAAGAAUGAAUAGAAAUGCAAGGAGGAUGAGAGAGUGGCCACUAGUGCUAGUCUCAGAAUGGGAUUUUUUCCAUUUCAAAGGUUUUCCAAGUGUUAAGCUUUACAUUGCUGAUAUGUAGGUAAAAGGCUAGUGUCAUAACGAGAAUAAUAGCGUUAUGGUUGUGACCAUCUGGAUGGUGUGCUGUCGUUACCUUACACAGUGGUCACCUGAGGUUGGGCCAUUCUACUUGAUGAUACUGUGAUGGAAAAUUUGUUGGUCUUAGUUUUGUGAAGUUUGUCUGUGUGGGGUGUUUCCAAUGUUGUGAUCUUGUCAGAAGUAUGUUGUGUGUCGACUGUCAAAAGUAUGUUGUGUGUCGUAUGUUGUGUGUCAACUGUCAGAAGUAUGUUGUGUGUCGACUGUCAGAAGUAUGUUGUGUGUCGUAUGUUGUGUGUCGACUGUCAAAAGUAUGUUGUGUGUCGACUGUCAGAAGUAUGUUGUGUGUCAACUGUCAGAAGUAUGUUGUGUGUCGACUGUCAGAAGUAUGUUGUGUGUUGUAUGUUGUGUGUCAACUGUCAGAAGUAUGUUGUGAGUCGACUGUCAGAAGUAUGUUGUGUGUCGUAUGUUGUGUGUCAACUGUCAGAAGUAUGUUGUGAGUCGACUGUCAGAAGUAUGUUGUGUGUCGACUGUCAGAAGUAUGUUGUGUGUCGUAUGUUGUGUGUCGACUGUCAGAAGUAUGUUGUGUAUCGACUGUCCAGGGCCAGGCAGUGAGAGACGUGGAGGGUUACAGUUCUACAGGGGCUCGGACAGAGCAAGGUUUUAUGUAAUAUGAAGGUGAUGAAAUAUUAGUCUGUUUUCCAUCCCUGUAGUGUAUGUAUACGUAUAUAUAUAUAAUAUAUUUAGCACAUGUUACCCCUAAACCAUGCAUAUUGUGACCAAUCUUCUCAAGGCGCCGAACAUUUGUCAUUAAAAUUAUUAUUUUUUAAAAAUUGAGUAGUAUUUUCUGCUAUUUAUGGAAUCCAUGAUAGAAAUUUACUAAUCCAAAAGAUCAUAAAUGUGUAAUACAAAUAAUUUAUAACCAAUUUUAUCAUGUUGAAGCUUUUUGGGGUUCAGGCUGUGAUUGAGAAAGUGUAAGUUUUUCUGUUGAAUGUUUUUAAUCUUCAUGUUGUGGUCAAGUUGGAUUCUGAUGUCAUUAUUGUCAUGCCGUGUGAAGGAAAAGCUUCUGUACUACUGCAGCUAUCAUGACGGGAAGGCGGUUUUAUUAAUCAGUAGUAAAUGUUUUUGUCCUGAGUUUCCUACUUACAUAUUUGCCACUGGCAUUUACCACAACAUUUAGAGACUAAAAUCGUGGUGAGUGCAUAUUCAAAAGAAAUGUCACAACCCAAAUUGGGACGUUAGUCACUAUCACUAAAUUUUGUAGGCUUAGGGCAGGGUGUUCUGUGAGUCACAUUAGUUCUAGAUCUAUAGGUUGGACACCAAAUAGCUCAAAAUACGCAUAACGAAGCCUUAUAUGAAAACCCUUGAUAAGUUUAUUUAGAGGUAUUGCUGUCUUAAGAAAAAUGUGCAGCUCCAAAGGUUUUUAUUCAGGAUGUAAAGCGAGGUUGUAGGAAGUUGAGUAUUUGUUAUUUGGCUCAGACGAUAUCCUCUUUUAAAUUCUGUUUACAGAAAUGAUAGGUAGGCCUACAGAUGUAAUGGAACUUGCACAUUUUCAAAAGUUCUGGUCUCAAGCAUGUGAUGGUUGUUUUUUUUCAAAUAUUGAUGUAUUCUUUGCCUGCCUUUGUCUCUCACCCGUGAUUUAUUAAGUUUCUGAAGAUAUACAAUCUGUUUCUGGUGUCUAAUACAUGAAUACAGAUGUCUAAGCCAUAUUUUAUGAAUCUCCAACUUGUCUCCUAUUUUAAAAUCCAAGUUUUUUCAAUGAUCACCAUAAGAGAUUUCAGUGUAUAGCAUGUUGCGCCAUUGCUCCUAGAUUCACCUUGUUUGACUACAUUGGAAGGCAUCAGACUGUUAUUUCUGGGAUUAUUUUACGUUUAAGUUGAAUAUCAGUACUGGAUGAGUUUUCUGUUGAGAUUAUAUCAACUCUGAAUCAUUGACUUGAAGUGGUCGGUGUGUUUGAAAUUAUGGACGGGUUGAAACAAAAUGCACUUAGAUUUGUCAAACAAACUGGAAAAUUAUCAAUUGCUGUUGAAAUUUCACCUAUCUUGCGGAGAGUUAACUGCAAAAUAGUUUAGCUUGACAUUACUUUUUCAUGUUUUUAAAGUGUUUGGUUGCACAAGUACCCAUGACUUUUUAAAAAUACUUUUAAUUGAAAAGCAUAUGUGGAAUGUGAGGUACUCUUUUUAUUCCGUCACAUCUCACUGAAUAUCGUGAGUGAAACCGUGAAUGACAAACAUUUAUCUUCAGAACAGUAUUACACCUUUUUUUGUUGGAGGAUGUAUCUCUCAUUAAAAUUCCAUUACCGGUACUAUAAAAUUUCUUUUGCUGAAAUCUAACAACAAAUGUGCUGAGACUUUCAGCUGUAUACUGAAAACGGACUGUGGUUUAGAUUGUCCUUAUAGUCGAGUAGUGAGGGUUGUGAACUCGUUUGUGGAAGAACAUUUUUUGUUUCCCUAUUAAAGUAAAGUUGUAGAAAAUGUUUUAGAUAAAGCAAUUUUUUAAAACAGAUGUAUCUUUUACAGAAUUUUUGCUCCUCCCCCUUUGUUUUGAGAGUAGUUGAACCAAAGGUUGUGUUGACAUUGACAAUGUGUCUUGAAAAUUUAGAUUUGAAUUUUUGUAUUAGAAUAUCCAUUACAUUUUAGAAGCAUGUAUUUAUUAUAUUUGUAUUUGACUGUCAUAUUUAAUAUUCAUUGUACGCAUUAUAGCUUUGACAAUGAGGUAGUCCUCGCAUUCAGCCAUCUUUGUGAAUGAUCGUCGUAUAAGACGGGUUGUAUUAACAUGUAUUAUAUAAGUCAUUUAUUAUAAUAUAAUAAUGUACAUGCGUAUUUGUAUGUUAUUAAUAUCCUGUGUACUUAUUAACAUAUCAGCCAUAUACAUGAUGUGUCCAAGUGAGCAGUGAGCCUGCUUUGUCUAAGUGUGUGCAGGACACAUGCUUGGUCCAAGUGUGCAGUUCGUAUAACUUGUUGAAAUGUGCGUGUGGUACUCGUACUUUCUGUUGGGUGUGGGUGAUAUUUAACCGAAGUUUGUUGUGUUACAGUGUGCAUAUGCUGUUUAAAUGUGCAGAACUCCUAUUUUUAUGUCGUUCUUGCCAGUUCUGACAAAAUACUGAAGCAUUCACUGCGGAUGUUUUUGAUUUGAUUAUAAUCAUUCCCUUUGUCAAAACAUUUUGGGCUGAGCUGGAUCGAGAGAAAGAAUGAACUUAUGGCUGAAUUGCAGUGAAAGUUUAGAGUGUUUUCAGUAUUUCUGCACCCUUACCUGAAUCUCACUUUUCUGAUUUGCUGAUUAUUCAAGCAGCUGAGAAAAAGCAGAUUCUUUUUUUUUUCCUUUGCAGCCAAAGGCGAGCUUUGACGUUAUAGUAUAAGCCAUAAAUAAAUGAAGAAUCCCCAUCAAUUGCAAAAUGUACUGACAGCCAAAUCUGGGUGUUUUGGAAAACCCCAUUCACUCCAGAGUCUUAUAGUAAGAAAUGCAAUGAGAAUAUAAAAAAAAAAGCGGGCAGUAACAUUGAUAUUUAGCAUGAUAAAACUGCGUUUCAUUCACAUUUUUUUCAGAGAAUAAGGUUGUUUUUUUCUCUCUCCUUUUUUUGUCAGUUUUGUAGUAAAUAGAUAUACUGCGUUUUGCCAUGUUGCCCUUCAGAUGCACUUUGAGGUGUUUUAAAGGUUUUGUAAAAUCCUGAAUCUACACAGUCUAUACGAAAUACAAGGUCAAAAUCAAUUCUUUCAGCACUGGUAAAUUUGCUUUUAAUAUUUUUAUGGAUGUUAUCAAAACAAGAGGCAUGAUGUUUAUGUUUCAACAGAUAUUUAUCGUUGCUGUUGACGGGAAAAUGAGCAACUUGGUUGACCUUGCUUCACAAGUUAAGUUAGAUUCUAAAGUUAGAAUCAUUUAUUUUUAUUCAUUUUCCUUGCGACGCUUAUACAUAUAUGCAUUUGUGUGAACGUGGGUGUAUGUGUGUUGAGUUAAACAUUUGACUGUAUUUUCUAGAGAGAUUUCCCCUUGCCAAAACUCUGAGCCUUGAGCUCAUGCCCAGAUGCGGUCAGUACUCAUAAAUCAGUGGCCUUUACACGCAGGUGGUCUCAGACAAAAAGGAAGCAUGUGUUUGUGUGGAUAUGAAAGAAAUUUUUAUGCUGAAAUAUUUACUAUUGAUUGACAAGUUAUGGGUAAGUUUUAUUGAUUCUGAUUUGUGUUUGAGCAUUUUAACUUCAGCCUUUCAAUUGUUCAAUUUGAGGGUCUCAUUUUGUCAUUUGUUACAGGUCCAAGAAAAUUUCGAGGGGCAUCGGAAAGCAAACAUCUAGUUUGGGUAGAAUAAAAUGAAAUGCUGGGUUGGCAGUAAGGAAGUUGUAGUACCUGCUAGCUUUAUCAGGUACAGCAGGCCAGUUAUUGUUCUUCAUUGACAAAUAUGGGGACUCAAAAACACAGGAGGCAGAAAACAUUCGACAUUUUAGUAUAGCGUGGCGACAGUCUCGACAAAGUCAUGUACUUUGCUGGAUGCGGUUCAUUGUCUGGGGGCUCCAGCUUAAGAUCUUUGUAAAAUUAAUGAAGUUUCGUGAAUUCCGACUCAUGUCCGAGUGGUGUGACUCUACUUAUCGGGAGUGCUGCUGAGUGUGUUUGUAGCUAGCCUUUUCUUGUACACUUUUGUGUGAUUUGAGAAUGCUGAAUCAGCCUUUUGCUUGCGUGUUACUUAGCUUCUAUUUCUAUUCGUAUAUAUGUUGUGCAUUAUUUAUGCUUAUGAAGUCAAGAUUCUUUGUUGAAGAAAAAGAUCUCUUGGUCUCUCUGAAGAGGAUUAGAGAGGAGCAGCAGAAGGAUUACUGUAAAGAGAUGGUUUUCGUACGGUACUUUUUUCUCCACUAGUUCAUCAACCCUGUCACAGCCAGAUCAACCACUGUGGUUGAACAUUGCUGUAAUUAUUUCUGCAGUUUUUGUACAUGACUCUCGCUUCUUUUGUGCUGUGGGGUUUUUCAGCUUGGGUCUGUUGGCCUCUCUCACAGGGUCUCAGUGGCUGAGCUGAUCAAACCACAAACUUGAAUAAAAUGUGCAGCCAGUAUACGACCUGCUGUGGUCACACUCUCCUCAACCAACUGGUGGUUCCAACUGAUGGGGGUCUGCCUUCAGCCCGAAGAAAAACCGCACAAAAAACUAAAAAGUCUAUGCUUUUCAUCCCGGUUACCGAAAGUCACAAAGUUCCUCAUGAAAUUACUAAUGUGUUGAAUGUACAUCUUCCUACGUGGCAUGUUGUUCUGUAAAAAGUAGUAGUACAAAUAACAAAAGUUACAGUUACUGCAAUAAGUCUGUAAGCCUAGUAGACAACUCGUGACAGUUUCAUGCUUAGCAAAAAAGAAAAAACCAAAAGCUUCGAGAGAGUUUUGGAUUCUCAUGGAUUGUUAUACUAGCAAAAGGUUUAGCAUCAAGAUAAGAGGAAAAAUGCUUUUUUAUCGAUGUGUCGUAGGGAUUAAUUCCUUUUUUUCACAUGAAUUUGAAUACUUAUUCAUCCACUGAAUACAAUUAUUUUUCACUCACAUAUCACAAGGCUCUUUUGCAGCUGUGUAGGCUACCUGUUUGAAAAAAAACAACCUAAACCCUAAUGAGAGUAAUUGCGAUGGGAAUGAUAACGAGACUGCUGUAGGGCAGCACACUUAAUUUCUUUUUACUGAAAGGCGUCUCGAGGUGAUGAUCUUUAAAAGUAAAUAAGCAAUAUUAUGCACAAAAGAUGUUCCAGUCAUUUAUUUAUUAUUCUGUGGGAAGAAAGUUCCUUAUAGAGCCUGAUCAAAGAAAAAAACCCAAAUCAUCUUUCUUCCUAUUUGGUUUCAAGUUCAACAUUGUUUGGUGGGGGCUUUUUUCAGGUUAAAAUAACAUUAUUUUCAACCGGUACUCCACAAAAAUAUUUUUAUAAUUUAAUUUUCUUAUUGCGAACGUAACAUAUGUAUGCGCAGACUGUCAUUCUUCUGACUGCUUAUCAUGGUAUAUGACAGUGCUGUAUCGUUCUGUAGCCCAUUCAUAACCGGGAAAAUGCUAACUCUGCUUUGCUGUUGCAGAAUGUGCUAUUUUUACUUUUACUUAUCGCUGUGAAAUCCUUUAAACAGCUGUCGCUUCUGUGGUACUUUUUUAUGUAUUGGCUUUAUCCUGUUUUUAUUUAAUUUUGAAUUCGAAACAAGCUUUACAACGUGUUCAUGUAUAGAAUAUAAAUAUUUUUUACAAAAUAAAAAUUUGUGCAAUGU